AUGAUUGGUGAGAGCCGGAAGAAAAAAUGCAUCAUCAUCACAUCAAGAAAGGCCGAGCUGAGGAGAAAGAAAAAAUACAUUAAGAUAACGCCCCAAGACGAUGAGAGGGACGCGGUCAACGUGAAACUGAGACGGGUCACCGAAAUACAGAAGCUCGUCGAAGCCAUUAGGGUCAUACUCCUGUGCUCAAAUGCGACUCCCAUCAGGAAAUACGGGAGCAUCGGCUACCAAUGCAACUUCUGCGAUAAAGAACACGACGACCCGCGCGAUCUUAAAGUCCACACGCUCUCGUCCCACAAAGAAGCCGACAAACUGAAGUUCCUGCAAAAGCACCGAGGCAUCAACACUUUGAAGGUGAAAUUGGACGCGACCUGCCUCCGCUGCGAGCUUUGCGACACGCCCAGCGACGACGUCGAACAGCUUAUCGACCACCUGACGUUGAAGCACGACAAAAGCUUCCCGAGCAACUUGAAGAACUUCAUAGUUCCAUUCAAAUUCGAAACGAGCCAGACGAUAUGCGCGCUCUGCCGCACAGAAUUCAGCAACUUCAAGAUUCUGCUCCAGCACAUGAACGUCCACUACAGGAACCACGUUUGCGAGACGUGUGGUAAUGGCUUCGUGAACAAGCGAAUACUGCAGUGCCAUAUGUACAGGCACAGGACCGGCGAGUUCUCGUGCAGCUACUGCGCGAAGGUUUUCGAUACGAGAAUCAAACAGAGGGACCACGAAAGGGCCAUACAUAUAUGCGAUAACAAAAGAAGCAAGUGUGGCUAUUGCGGGGAAAAGUUCAAUGAUUAUACCAAGAAGAAUGAACAUGAGAUCAAAGUGCAUGGAGCAAAGCCGAUCGUGCUUAAGUGUAGCGCCUGCGAGAAAACAUUCGACAAUCAAAGGUCCCUGUCGUCGCAUACCAAAAGAUACCAUCUAAUGGAAAGACCGCUGCCAAAGAAAGCGGAUUAG